UUCUUGUUGUUUCACUUUUUUUUAGGUGGUUUAUUUAGUAGAUAUUUUCUUAACUCUUAUUUUCUUAAAAGUCAGCAUUUCUCGGUAAGGGUCUAAACUGUUGUAAUUCGGCCCGUGAGAUAAAUAAAAGGUGGUUUUGAUAAGAGUCAGGUUGACUUAGUGCACAGACACUCCGGUUAGUUCGCCUUUGAUGGGAAGAUGUCCGGUUUUUGUAGUAUGUUGUUCUUCCGGUUUGCCUGAUUUCUGUACUCUGUUCAUGUCAGAAAGCAUUAAUUGUAGCAGACAAGGUCCAUGUUAGUUAGUUCAUUCGCACCAGACAGGAACCCGAUGCUCAACAGAAACGCACGAUGGAGAUGAAAAACGUCAAUAAAUAAUGCUGGAGUUAAACCUUUAGGUCGCUCACACACGGGCCUUUUCUCUUUACAACGAGCUGUUGUAACUGCAUUUUUAGCUCAAAUAGCUACUUUAGUUUUUCAAUGUUUACCUUCCUGUCGUCUGUUCCGUUAGAUUAGCAGACAGUACACGACCUUUUGGGUUGGAUAUGUGUAAUCGUCACUUUAUUCUUAUGUUUUGGGAUCCUGAGUGGUGCAGCGGUCUACCAUGCGCUUCCGCAUGAGACAUCAUCCCCAUGAGACAGCGUCCCUCGAGACAUCGUCCGCCCGAGACAUUCGCAUGUUGAGGUUUUCCACCCACACAGGUUAAAUGAGUAUAACCUCAGCUGAAUCUACAGACCAAAUGAUGGAGCAGGAAGUAGGUCAACUUCCGAUUACAGACCAGAUGAUGGAGGAGGAGGAAGGUCAACUUCCGAUUACAGACCAGAUGAUGGAGGAGGAGGAGGAGGAGGAGCCUGGGAGCUCAGCAGAGACUGAGAGACCCUCCUCUUCUCACACCAAGAGGAAGCCUGCUGUUACAGCCAAGCACACCGGAGGGAAUGAGUCUGACACCUCGGACGAGAGUGGACAGGAAGAUGGCGCCUCUGACAACCCUUCAGAUGAUACCACUUUGCAGGAGAGGAUAGACUGCACCGCCUGUGGACAGCAGGUCAACCACUUCCAGCGCCACUCAGUGUUUGAGCACCCGAUGCUCCAUGUGCUCCUCUGCAAGUCGUGUUAUAAGUAUUACACCAGCGAUGACAUCAAUAAAGACGAGGACGGCAUGGACGAACAGUGCAGGUGGUGUGCUGAAGGUGGCAACCUGAUCUGCUGUGACUACUGCCACAACGCCUUCUGUAAGAAGUGCAUCCUGCGUAACCUGGGGCGCAAGGAGCUGUCCAUGAUCACCGACGACGACAGUAAAUGGUCCUGCUACAUCUGCAGGCCUCAGCCUCUCUCAGACAUCGCCUCCAACUGCUCCAACAUCUUGACCAAGCUGGAGAGCUUCUGGCGCACGGGACGCAAGAAAGAGAGGAAGGAGGUGAAAGGGCACAGUAAGGGUAAAGGUCACCACCACCAUGGUAAAGCUGUGGUGAACGGUAAGGAACAUUCAGACGGGUCAGGGACCCUCACCUUCUCCUAUAAGACCCUGAAGGUCCUCAAGGAGCUGGUGAAGAGGACCAAGAAGCUGAUUGAGACGACCACAGGGCUCAACAGCACCUUCAUCCAGCAGGCUGAGGAGGAGCAGGGAGCAGGAGGAGGUGGCAGCGGGACCAGACACCUCAAGGCCUUCAGGUCUGUUCUGGCUGAUAUGAAGAAGGCCCAUGCUGCCCUAGAGGAGGACUUGGAGUCACAGUUCACUUCCCAGGACCAGGGGAUGCAGAACGGGGAUGCUGUUUCCAACACCGACGGCCAUGAUGGCCACGAUCAGAUUGACAACAUAGUUGAGGAUGGACAGGAGGCAGAAGAGGAUAAAAUGGCCGACACUGAGGAUGGGGAGGAGCUAGAGGAGGAUGGGGGCUUGUCAGAGGACGCAGAGAUGGAGGGGAGCCCCGCCCCCGCGCCUCAGGACCACUCAGACACAGAGACAGACAGCCAGGCCAAAGACCAGACAGCAGUGGAGGGGGAGGAGGAAGAAGAAGAGGAGGAGGAGGAUGGAGAGGAGGAGGAGGGUGACCGGGAUAAAGACAUUGUGUCCGUCGGGCCGGCCGUCCCUGACGAGCUCUUCCAAAUGGUAGAGAGUCUGGCGGACUCCGCAGGGUUAACGCCUGGCAACGACGCCAUGGAAACCACCGCUGCUAGCCAAUCCGAGAGCCCCGCCGCCGGCUCAAACAGGAAGUCACUUGAAACCCAUGAGGAGAAGGCCAUGCCCAAGGUGAAGAACCCGAUCGUGAAGCUGACGCCUGUUCCAGUGGUUACCACACGCACCUCCAGGUCUAUGAGCAAGGAUAAGGAUGGAGGGAAGGAGAAGGAGAGGAGUAAGGAUGGAGGGAGGGAGAAGAGUAAGGAGGAGGUGGAGGAAGGUGGGGGCUCUGAGGAGGACAGCCGCCGCUCCAGCCGCACAAAGACCACACCCCUCAGGAAGUCACCGGCCGGGAAGAACACGAUGGCCGAAUCCUCUCCGGAGAACAGCGACUCAGAGGGCAAGAGUCCCAGCAGGCAGAAGAAUAGAACCAAAGGCAGCUCGGAGAAGGAAUGUGAGGAGGAGGAGGAGCAGCAGAGAAAUGCCUCAUCCAAGGUGACCGCUGACCCUUCUAAACAAGAAGUGGACUCUGACGAGGUUCUGGACAUCCUGCUCCAGACUGCAGCGGCAGAACACAGCUCGGACGAGGAUGCGCAUCAGGACGCCGAUGGUAACCAGGGCAACAGGAGCUUCAAAAGGUGCCUGUUCAAACUCAGCAAGAAAGAUGGAGAGGAGGAGGAGAAUGACAAGGUGAAGACUGACAAGAAGCUGGCGGCCAAACGCAAACUGAAAGCUGACGAUUCAGACAACUCAGAGUCCGACUCAGACGAAGACGCGAAGAAGAAGAAGAAGAAGAAGUCCUCCACAGCUUCUGCCAAAAAGACAUCCAAGAAGAAGGGCUCGGGCGGCUCCUCUAACUCCGACUCGGACCUGGAGAAGGAGAUGAAUGGACUCAGCAAACUGGCGACGGGGAAACGGAGGAGCAGCCGUGUGAAGAAGGAAAGAGAUGAGAAGGAGAACAAGGGCGGAGAUCGGAGGCGGUCGUACGAACUCAAACGCAAAGCCAGAAGUAGAGGAGCCAAGCAGCAAGAUUCAUCGUCUGAUGACGAGGAGGAGGGAGGAGGGUCUGGAGAGGAGAGUGGAGACCAGCAGAAGAUUAAACCCAUCGUGGAGGAGACGUUGGUAGCAGGGAGGGGAACCUUCCACCAGUCCUCAGGGUUAACCCCCGGCAACGACGCCAUGGAAACCACCGCUGCUAGCCAAUCCGAGAGCCCCGCCGCCGGCUCAAACAGGAAGUCACUUGAAACCCAUAAGGAGAAGGCCAUGCCCAAGGUGAAGAACCCGAUCGUGAAGCUGACGCCUGUUCCAGUGGUUACCACACGCACCUCCAGGUCUAUGAGCAAGGAUAAGGAUGGAGGGAAGGAGAAGGAGAGGAGUAAGGAUGGAGGGAGAGAGAAGAGUAAGGAGGAGGUGGAGGAAGGUGGGGGCUCUGAGGAGGACAGCCGCCGCUCCAGCCGCACAAAGACCACACCCCUCAGGAAGUCACCGGCCGGGAAGAACACGAUGGCCGAAUCCUCUCCGGAGAACAGCGACUCAGAGGGCAAGAGUCCCAGCAGGCUGAAGAGUAGAACCAAAGGCAGCUCGGAGAAGGAAUGUGAGAAGGAGGAGGAGGAGCAGCAGAGAAAUGCCUCCUCCAAGGUGACCGCUGACCCUUCUAAACAAGAAGUGGACUCUGACGAGGUUCUGGACAUCCUGCUCCAGACUGCAGCGGCAGAACACAGCUCGGACGAGGAUGCGCAUCAGGACGCCGAUGGUAACCAGGGCAACAGGAGCUUCAAAAGGUGCCUGUUCAAACUCAGCAAGAAAGAUGGAGAGGAGGAGGAGAAUGACAAGGUGAAGACUGACAAGAAGCUGGCGGCCAAACGCAAACUGAAAGCUGACGAUUCAGACAACUCAGAGUCCGACUCAGACGAAGACGCGAAGAAGAAGAAGAAGUCCUCCACAGCUUCUGCCAAAAAGACAUCCAAGAAGAAGGGCUCGGACGGCUCCUCUAACUCCGACUCUGACCUGGAGAAGGAGAUGAAGGGACUCAGCAAACUGGCGACGGGGAAACGGAGGAGCAGCCGUGUGACGAAGGAAAGAGAGGAGAAGGAGAACAAGGGCGGAGAUCGGAGACGGUCGUACGAACUCAAACGCAAAGCCAGAAGUAGAGGAGCCAAGCAGCAAGAUUCAUCGUCUGAUGACGAGGAGGAGGAGGAGGGAGGAGGGUCUGGAGAGGAGAGUGGAGACCAGCAGAAGAUUAAACCCAUCGUGGAGGAGACGUUGGUAGCAGGGAGGGGAACCUUCCACCAGUCCUCAGGAGAUGAAGGUAACCAUGACGCUUCCCAGAUGGACGAUGAUGAGGAGGACGAUGAUGAUGAGCCUGAGAACAGAAUUGCCAAGAAGAUACUGGCCCAGAUCAAGGCUAACUACUCUUCAGGAGCAGAGGAGAGCUCUGACGAGGACAGAGAAGAGAAGGAACAGAAGAAGGGGAAGGGAGGAGAGGAGCAGGAGGAGGACGACGACGAUGAGGAUGAAGGGGGCUCUGGCUCUGAUGUGGACGUGGGGCGUUGCCACCGACUGCUCCGCCACAAACUGACACUGUACGAAGUGGAGUCAGGAGAGGAGAAGGAGAAACCAGCCAGCAAGGGGAAGAAGAAGGAGACCAAGAGGACCAGACGGAAAGUGGAUAGUGAUGACUCAGCAGACCCAGACUUUAAGGAGUCAGCUAGCAGCAGUGAAUCAGGAGUUAGUGAGGAGAUCAGUGAGAAGGAAUCGUCGUCGUCAGAGGAGUCGGAGUCUGAGAAGGAAGGCAGUAGACACAGGAGGACCACGCGCUCCUCCGUGAAGAAGAAGAAGGAGAGGAGCUACGCCCAGAAGAAGAAACGGCGCCGCAUCAAGGCCCAGGAUUCUUCAUCUGACGACAAGAGCGGGUCAGGAGAGGAUGUCUCGGGUAAGGAGGAUGGAGACACUCCUAGAGGACAGAGGAAGAAGAUCAGAAAAAUCCUCAAGUACGAUGAGCUGAGGACGGAAACGAGGGAUGCCCUGAAGGAGGAGGAGGAGAGGAGGAGACGCAUCGCUGAGAGGGAGCAGCUCAGGGAGAAACUCAGAGAGACUCUACAUGUCCCUCCCGACCAGGUACUCGUGGUGGAGGAGGCGACCGCCGUGGCUUGUCCAAUAACAACCAAGCUGGUGCUGGAUGAAGACGAGGAGACCAAGGAGCCCAUGGUGCAGGUUCACCGCAAUCUGGUCACUAAGCUCAAACCACACCAGGUCGACGGAGAUGAAGGUAACCAUGACGCUUCCCAGAUGGACGAUGAUGAGGAGGACGAUGAUGAUGAGCCUGAGAACAGAAUUGCCAAGAAGAUGCUGGCCCAGAUCAAGGCUAACUACUCUUCAGGAGCAGAGGAGAGCUCUGACGAGGACAGAGAAGAGAAGGAACAGAAGAAGGGGAAGGGAGGAGAGGAGCAGGAGGAGGACGACGAUGAUGAUGAUGAAGGGGGCUCUGGCUCUGAUGUGGACGUGAAGACGAGUGUGGGGCGUCGCCACCAACUGACGCUGUACGAAGUGGAGUCGGGAGAGGCGAAGGAGAAACCAGCCAGCAAAGGGAAGAAGAAGGAGACCAAGAGGACCAGACGGAAAGUGGAUAGUGAUGACUCAGCAGACUCAGACUUUAAGGAAUCAGCUAGCAGCAGUGAGUCAGGAGUUAGUGAGGAGAUCAGUGAGAAGGAAUCGUCGUCAGAGGAGGAGUCGGAGUCUGAGAAGGAAGGCAGUAGACACAGGAGGACCACGCGCUCCUCCGUGAAGAAGAAGAAGAAGGAGAGGAGCUACGCCCAGACGAAGAAACGGCGCCUCAUCAAGGCCCAGGAUUCUUCAUCCGACGACAAGAGCGGGUCAGGAGAGGAUGUCUCGGGUAAGGAGGAUGGAGACACUCCUAGAGGACAGAGGAAGAAGAUCAGAAAAAUCCUCAAGUACGAUGAGCUGAGGACGGAAACGAGGGAUGCCCUGAAGGAGGAGGAGGAGAGGAGGAGACGCAUCGCUGAGAGGGAGCAGCUCAGGGAGAAACUCAGAGAGACUCUAUAUGUCCCUCCCGACCAGGUACUCGUGGUGGAGGAGGCGUCCGCCGUGGCUUGUCCAAUCACAACCAAGCUGGUGCUGGAUGAAGACGAGGAGACCAAGGAGCCCAUGGUGCAGGUUCACCGCAAUCUGGUCACUAAGCUCAAACCACACCAGGUCGACGGAGAUGAAGGUAACCAUGACGCUUCCCAGAUGGCUGAUGAGGAGGACGAUGAUGAUGAGCCUGAGAACAGAAUUGCCAAGAAGAUGCUGGCCCAGAUCAAGGCUAACUACUCUUCAGGAGCAGAGGAGAGCUCUGACGAGGACGGAGAAGAGAAGGAACAGAAGAAGGGGAAGGGAGGAGAGGAGCAGGAGGAGGACGACGACGAUGAUGAUGAAGGGGGCUCUGGCUCUGAUGUGGACGUGAAGACGAGUGUGGGGCGUCGCCACCAACUGACGCUGUACGAAGUGGAGUCAGGAGAGGAGAAGGAGAAACCAGCCAGCAAGGGGAAGAAGAAGGAGACCAAGAGGACCAGACGGAAAGUGGAUAGUGAUGACUCAGCAGACUCAGACUUUAAGGAAUCAGCUAGCAGCAGUGAGUCAGGAGUUAGUGAGGAGAUCAGUGAGAAGGAAUCGUGGUCAGAGGAGGAGCCGGAGUCUGAGAAGGAAGGCAGUAGACACAGGAGGACCACGCGCUCCUCCGUGAAGAAGAAGAAGAAGGAGAGGAGCUACGCCCAGACGAAGAAACGGCGCCUCAUCAAGGCCCAGGAUUCUUCAUCCGACGACAAGAGUGGGUCAGGAGAGGACGUCUCGGGUAAGGAGGAUGGAGACACUCCUAGAGGACAGAGGAAGAAGAUCAGAAAAAUCCUCAAGUACGAUGAGCUGAGGACGGAAACGAGGGAUGCCCUGAAGGAGGAGGAGGAGAGGAGGAGACGCAUCGCUGAGAGGGAGCAGCUCAGGGAGAAACUCGGAGAGACUCUAUAUGUCCCUCCCGACCAGGUACUCGUGGUGGAGGAGGCGUCCGCCGUGGCUUGUCCAAUAACAACCAAGCUGGUGCUGGAUGAAGAUGAGGAGACCAAGGAGCCCAUGGUGCAGGUUCACCGCAAUCUGGUCACUAAGCUCAAACCACACCAGGUCGACGGGGUCCAGUUCAUGUGGGACUGCUGUUGUGAGUCGGUGAAGAAAACCAACAAGAACUCUGGUUCUGGAUGUAUCCUGGCUCACUGUAUGGGCCUGGGAAAAACACUGCAGGUGGUAACCCAACUCCACACACUACUGCUGUGUGAAAAGUUAGACUUCUCCACGGCUCUGAUCGUCUGUCCUCUCAACACCGUUCUCAACUGGCUCAAUGAGUUUGAGAAGUGGCAGUACGGCUUCAAGGACAAGGAGAGUUUAAAGGUGACGGAGCUGGCCACGGUGAAGCGUCCUCAGGAGAGAGCGUCUGCUCUGCAGCAGUGGCAGGAGGAUGGAGGAAUCAUGAUCAUUGGCUAUGAGAUGUACCGUAACCUCACACAGGGUAGAAACAUCAAGAGCAAGAAACUCAAAGAGACCUUCCAGAAGACCCUGGUUGACCCAGGCCCAGACUUUGUGAUCUGUGAUGAGGGCCACAUCUUGAAGAACGAGGCGUCGGCCAUCUCUAAAGCCAUGAACUCCAUCAAGACCCGACGGAGAGUGGUGCUCACUGGCACACCGUUGCAGAACAACCUCAUAGAGUGUAUGUCUGUUACUUCCUGUUAUAUCCAGACCGCUGGCCUACAGGGCAUUCGGAAAUAAUUCAGACCCCUGGACGUUUAACACAUUACAGCCUUUCUCUAAAAUGGAUUUUUAAAAAGUCCCCCCCCCCUCAUCAAUCUACA